AAAUAUGCAUGGGAAGCCUCUGGUGCUCUAGGGAAAGAGCAUUGGACAAAUACAUGCUGGAUAAUUCCAUCAUUCUAACUUUUCUGCCUCUCGGCGGCAGAAUUCUGUUGUGUUUACUUUUUCAGAAGAACUCCGAGGGACAUGAAGACCACCUAAUCCAUGAUAAAACUGGUAAUAUUUUUCUGCAUCCUACCACAACCCCAUGGCCAGAAACCAGCUGAGUGGCCGUGGUCUGAACUAAUUGUGGUAGCAUGCAGAAAAAGUGAAAGGAUCUCUUUAAGCACAAAAAGGUUUGUACGCACCCAAGCAUACAGGAUUGUUGGCACAAUUUUACACUAACACAGACUGCAGAAGUGGUUUGCUUAUGGGAAAAAACACCGAAGGGCUUUCUUUUAAGUUUAUAAUAAAUGCUGUAGCCCAAUCUACUACGGUUUAUACCACCACCACUACGACCACUUGAGCCCAGCCACCAGUUAUGCUUACCCCGAAAAUUUUUGAAGUUGGACCAUAUAUAAUCAGGAAAACUGGCCAACAACAGAUAUUAUUUAAUCCAGCAUGGUCUCUUAAACAAGUCAAAUUGUUGAUGCAAAACAAUGUCUCAGAAAUACAACCAGCUUGUUCACCCUUUUUGCAAACCUCUUUUCAGGGUUGGACAACCUGGCUGCGACAGUGGAACCCUCCUAAAAACCGGGUGCAAAGAGACAUAACUGGUGUAGUGGGAACGGGACUGGGAAUCCUAAAUAGUAUUGAUUCAGAAGUAUUAAUGAAUAAAUUGGCCUCCACGACUAAAGAUUUAACCAAAAUACAGCAGCCACUGCAAUCGUCCUUAUCGGCCUUGGGAACACAUCAGUGGUUGCUAUCAAACAUUCUACCAAAUUGGGAAAAGAUAAAUGUAAAUGAUAGCAAAUUGAUAAUUAAUGCACUUAAUGCCACACAAAGCAACGUUUCCUUAGCUCUUAGCUGUAUCCAGGCUCAAUUAUGGAUGCAGUCAGUUGCUGCCUCAAUUAUAAGAGAAGGUGAAGAAGGCACUUUUCCUACUGAAAUUAGGAAAAUAGUCUGGGACAGUGCCACUGACUUUGAAAGAGAUUUCCAAUCCUGGUGGAAUUUAGUGAAUUUUACCUAUGACCCUAACACAAACACAGCCACAGCAUUUGUGUUGACCAUAAGUAAUGCCUCGGUGCAUUUGAUAUUCCCUAUCAUUGCACUAGGAUUAAAUCAUGACGGAGCCACUUUCUAUCCUUCUGAACAUAGAGAAUGGGCCCGUCAAAUUAAUGACAAAUGGCAAACUGUCAAUUUAGAGUCCUGUACUAUCCGAGAACAACUAGGGUUUAUCUGUGAAGGUAAUGCAAUUAUAGCUCAAGAUAUCUGUUUAGACACAGAACAAAAUAUCUGUCAUUUUGACAUUCAUCCUAACGAGACUUCUGAAACAGUCCUUGUACAUACAGGCAAUGGGUGUGCCUGCUUUAGAACCACUUGUGAUACUGUGUUUAUAGAAAGUACAGUAGUAGAUACUAAAAAUCAUUCAAAUUUUUGUGCUUGCAACUUUACUAAAAUUGCAGGAUGUGAUUUUUCUUUUGUAGCUCCAGUUACCUUACAUGAACUUUUAGAAUCCAAUCUCACGUUGAUUCACAAGCUAUUGCCUACUCCCAUUGGGAUGAACCUUACUUUGGUAAAGCAACUAUUACUUCAUCAAGAUCUAAUAGAGAUCCUAGGAAAAAUCAAGGAGAAUGGACAGAAAACUCUGUUUUUCUGUUUUCUCUUUCCUUUCCUUUUUCUCUUCUCUUUUCCCUGGGAUUGCUGCCAACACUUGACGAGUCCUGAAGACUCCACGACGACACCAUGGAACCCUGCUGAUGAAGAUCUUUCGAGGGCAAUCGUCAGUCACGGGGUGGUGUAAGAGCCCGUCUGAAGCCCCUCAUUUUCCAUUCUGCCUUCCGAUUGCCACGAGAAAGAAUCCCUUCCCCCACUGCAGUUCCGGCUUAGAACAGGACACAGCGCAGGUGCAACCACUGAACCGUCACGCUGGCUGUUCCGAACAAGGCCUGGCAAGAACUUGGCAAGGAGUUGGCAAGGACUUGGCAAAGACCUGACAUGGACCCAGCUCGGGACAGCCUGAUGCGCGGCCUGCUUCUAAUCUCUGAUCUUAAGCCACUGAAGGCUGGCAGUGAAAUGUCACUGUAGGAUCUUGCUGCACUUGGCUUUUGGCCCCUUCUUAAGAGCUUUGCCUUCAAGGGCAGGAACAUGUUUCCCUACUGGGAACUGGAAUUCCAGACCCUUGGAGUGUGUGCCAUGCAGGACCAUAGAGACUGAGAUCAUGCGGACUGGGAUAAUAUGGACUGGGAUCAUGGGGACUGGGAUCCUACAGACUGGGGGUGCACAGACUGGGACUAUGUGGAUCAGGACCAUCCAGACUGGGAUCAUACAAACUGGGAUCAUUUGGACCGGGAUGACUGCACUGAACGUUGUGAACGGAGGUGGUCCCACGCUGCCCAGGGCUCCCUCCCAGUCACUCCCAGUCAGUCCCAGUCCCAGUGCUGCUCUGGGGUGCAGCCAAAGCUCCCCAGAGUGAACUCAGAGGUCCCAGAGCAAUCCAGGUACAGGUCCCAGCACCGGUCUUGGAGCAAUCCUGGUCCCGAUGCCGACCUCGGUCUCAGUCUCGGUCCCAGAGCACCCCCAGUGCGGGUCUCAGUGCACCCACUCGAUGCCAUGUUCUCUAGCCCAGGUGUUGGCAAUGCCGCUCUUGAAAUGAGUCCCCUUGUCUGACUCAGUCCUCUCAGGGGUGCCAUGCCUCCCCAGGACUUGCUUUUCCAGGCCCAGGAUGGUGUUGGGGCAGUGCUGUGAGGCACAGGGGAGGUCUCCAAGCAUCCCGUGGUGGCUUCUACCAUGGUGAGCACGUAGCGCUUGCCUUGGCGUGUCUGGGGCAGUGUGACGUGGUCAAUCUGCCAGGCCUCCCCAUACUUGUACUUGGACCCCCGCCCACCAUAGCACAGGGGCUUCACCCGCUUGGCCUCCUUGAUCACAGCACACGUCUCACAGUCAUGGAUAACCUGAGAAAUACUGUCCAUGCUUAGAUCCACCCCUCGGUCUCGUGCCCACUUAUAGGUGGCAUCUCUGCCCUGAUGACCUGAGGCAUCAUGAGCCCAUCGAGCUCAGAACAACUCCCCCUUGUGAUGCCAAUCCAAGUCUAUCUUUGACACCUCUGUGUUUGCAGCCUGAUCUACCUGCUCGUUGUUUAAGUGCUCCUCAUUAGCCCGACUCUUGAGGACAUUGGCAUCUACAUGGCAGACUUCCACAGGCACCUCUCCACCCGAGAGGCAAUGUCUUUCCGCUCAUCAGCAUUCCAGACUGGUUUUCCUCUAAGCUGCCAGUUGGCCUUUUUCCUCCUUUCCAGGCAGCCCCACAGAGCAUUGGCUGCCAUCCAUGAAUUGGUAUAAAGGCAGAGCUUUGGUCACUUCUCUCUCUCAGCAAUGCCCAGGGCCAGCGGAACGGCCUUGAGUUCAGCAAGUUGACUUGAUCCACCUUCUCCUCAGUAGCUUGUGCAGCCUGUCGUGUGGGGCUCCAUACGGCUGCUUUCCACUUCUGGUUUCAUCCCUACGAUGCGACAGGAACCGUCCGUGAAAAGAGCGUAGCGUGUUUCCUCUGCUGGUAGGUGUUUGUAUGGUGGAGUUUCUUCAGUCCAUGCCAAUUGUUCCUGCUCCUCUUCAUCAGCAAGACCAAAUUUUCACCUUCUGGCCAGUUUGUAUUUCCAAAAUCCUAGUUCUGUUUCCAAAUACGGGUGUGCUGUGUGAUGAGGGCAAUCCACUUGCUCUGUGUGGUGUCGGUGGCGUGGCAGGAUGUGGGAACCUUUCCUUGAAACAUCCACCCCAGCACCGGCAGUCGGGGUGCCAGGAGGAGUUGUGCUUCUGUGCCAAUCACCCCCAAGGCAACUUGAACUCCUUCACAGGCGGCCAAGAUUCCCUUCUCUGUGGGAGUGUACUUGGCUUCAGACCCUCUGUAGCUUUGGAUCCAGAAUCCCAGUGGUCGGCCUCGAGUCUCCACAGGCACCUUCUGCCAAAGGCUCCAGGACAAGCCAUUGUUCCUGGCUGCAGAGUAGAGCACAUUCCUCACCUCUGGUCCCGUCCUGACUGGGCCAAGGGCAACUGCAUGAGCGAUCUCCUGCUUGAUCUGGGCAAAGGCUUGUUGCUGUUCAGGGCUCCAGUGGAAAUCGUUCUUUUUGUGGGUGACCAGGUAGAAAGGGCCCUAAAUCUGGUUUUACUCAGGAAUGUGCAUUCUCAAAAAACCGGCUUCCAGCAGAAUCUGGACGAUCCUCUCUCCUUUCUCAAAUACUUCCAUUGCUGUGUUCCCCCACACAAUGAUGCCAUCGAUGUACUGCAGGUGUUCUGGAGCUUCACCCUUUGCCAGUGCAGCCUGGAUCAGUCCAUGGCAGCUGGUGGGGCUGUGCUUCCACCCCUGGGGCAGUCGGUUCCAGACAGUCUGAUAGUCCAGGCAAGGUGUUCAACUGCUUCAUGUCCUCUGCCUCUCCAGCAGCUAUGCCAAAAGCCCACCUGAGUCCUUUUGGGUCUUUGUAGUAGCCAUUCUGGAGGAAGUCUAUGCCCAGAAUACACGGGGCCUCUGGGCCGGUCACAAUGGGAUGUUUCUGCCACUCCUUCCCAGUCAGGCUCACCUCGGCUCCCAACAGGGUCAAUUGCUGUGAUCGAUCCCCCCGUCAGCCCGGCAAUGGAAACAGGUUCUGCCCCCACAUGUCCCCAUGGUAUCAGGGCACACUGCGCACCAGUAUCAGCUAAGGUUUCAUAUUUCUGUGGCUCUGAUGUGCCAGGCCAUCGGAUCCACACUGACCAGAGAUCCGGUUUUCCCGUGCCUCUCCCUGGCUCGAGGCAGGGCCCCUCUAGCCCUGGUUCCCAUUUCUUCCCUGGGCAUACAUACUAGAGGCUCCUUCAUGGGAUCUGACAGAUCAUACCCGGCAGCUCGGUCACGGGAGGCUGAGGCUGCCUUCACCUUAGUGGAAUUCUCUCGAUUAGUGUUUCCCUGCUUGCGUAGACACAGCCAUGCUGCCAGGACAGAAGUGAGUUGAUGAACUUUGGACCUGAUUAGCAUAAAAGACUUGAUAAUCAGAGUGCCUUGGCAAGAGCAAACAGAGCUUUGAAGACUGCAAGAAGACUGAAUCAAGAAAGAAGAUUGAAUCAACUUCUAUGAGCAAAACAUUGCAAAAUGGAUAAGUUUGUUUAUGUGAUGAUUAACCCAAUCAUUGUAGUAAAAAAUUACUAGUCUUCCUAGAAUUGUGUAUAAGCAUGUGUAGCCCAUGUAAAAAACAUGUUCACUCUCCUGUGAAAAUGUAAAAAGUUUAAUAAAGGACAAUGGGAGACAAGGAC